AUGCCUGGCGCGCAGGAGCCUGUCGCCGGCGAUCCACCUUCACAGUCGCCUUGGCUGCGAGCACAUGUUCCCGAUGAGCUCAAGGGACUGACGCCGGUCGAAGAGAAGCUCAUCUCGCUGAACUCAUGUUACGGGCAUGUCAGGGGCCACAUCACAGUGUUUCCGAACAAUGUGCAGGAGCUGGCCACCAAAGUGCUCCCGCACCCCCUUUUGCAAGCACUGGACGAGAUCCACAUCUCGUGGCAGGGCGCGGAGAAGCCGGCACCGAGCGACCUGUCGAGUCUCUUGUCGGUGAGGCGGCGGGUGGUCGAGAGGGCCCUUGUCUGGCUGAAGCGGAACAACCCCCACUACGCCGAGAUCGAGAUCGACGCGGCGGAGAUGGAGAGCUGGGGAGACUCGAUACACGGGGUACCGUCGUCGGUGUGCGAUCGUAUGGAGCGGAACGAGCCGUCUGGGUGGGAGAAAGCGCGGACGGCGCACGUUGUGCCGCCCACGGAACGCGCCGUGGACGAGGAGGGCCGGUGGAGAUCGAGGAGCUCUUCGCCCUGCUCAACCAAGGACAAGAAGCCGGCGGCCAGGGUGAAGGUCACGGGCCCAACGGAGAAGGCGCGUUUGCCUGUGACGCUGUUGGUGAAGGUGCCGACGACGGCCGUGCGGGCCGAGAGCGUCGGGUCCCUAGCCGGGGUUCGGGGCGUGGCGACGGUGGUUGUGAGCCAUACAUCCGGGUUUCGCGGGGGUGAGUUUACCGAUUCCUUUGAGGCGUCCUUCUUUGCCAGGACGUUCCCGACCCUGUUCCCAUUUGGCGUUGGGGACCAAGAAAGGCUAGCGGCGGCGAGGGUCGAGUUGGAGAGCUCGGGUAAGACGACCGAUGGUGACGUGAAGGAGCUUCUCAGGAGCCUCUCGCUUUACGGCCACCGGCAGCCCAUGUCGAGAGAGGUCCGUCUCAAUAUGCGGCGGAAAAUCCAGUCGCUCAUCGUCGGAUAUGGCGUGCCGGCCAUCUGGUUCACCAUCAACCCGAACGACAUUACGAACCCGGUGAAGCUGCGACUGGCGGCAUACCGCACACGCGAUCCCGACGCGGCCGAGGAGUUCUUAGAAGGCCUUGGGGAUGCGUAUAAGCGGGCACGGCUGGCGAUAUCGGAUCCCAUGAGCUCGGCCGUGUUCUUCCACCGCGAGAUGAAGCUGUUCUUCGAUCAUUACGUGAAGGUCGGUGAAGAGUCGGUAUUCGGGCGCAUCGGCAAGUACUAUGGCGCCGUGGAGACGAACGAACGAGGGCGCUUCAUGUUCACGGCUUGCUCUGGCUGCACGGGAACGCGCAUCUCAGCUCGAUGCUUGCCGACAUCCACGGGGAGGAUCAGGCGGCGUAUCGCGAGCGAAUCGUCCGAUACAUCGAUAGCGUCUUCUCAGAGGAUCUGGACCAGGAAAGUUUUGCGCCGUGCAAGCGGAGCGAUCUGUGACGGGCGGUAUUGGUUCCUGCUGGACAACGCCGCGCAGUUCUCGGCCGCGUUUAUCGAGGAGGCCAACUUCUGUGCCGGCGCGACGCAGGAGGGCGGAAGGGGACCUCUGCCGGUUCAAGGCGCCAUGGAGAUCCGGAGGACACACAGCAUGGUCAAUCGAUGGAACGAGGCUAUUGCUGUCGGGCUCCGGCACAACCAUGAUAUUUCCUUCAUUGCGACGCAGCGCAAGACAAUGGCCCUCAUCUAUUAUGUCACGAACUACGCGACCAAGGUGGAGGACCCGGUGUGGAAGCGUGUGGCGGCCGCGGCCGAGCUCCUGGCCGCCUCAACAGGGAACAGGACGCGACAGUUCCUGAUGAGAGUGGCGAACCGCGUGUUCACGGAGCGUCCGCUAUCACAGGUCGAGGUCGUCGCUCACCUUCUCGGAUAUCCGGCCGAGUUCACCGACAGCAGCGCGUGGGCGUACCUGAACUGUUCUCUGCUGUACUGGGAAGUCUUUCGGCGAUGGCGGCAUCUCCGAGAAGCCAGUGGCGCUGCGGCUACGGAUGACACCUUGGAUGAGUCGGUGCUCAGGCGGCCGGGCAAGCACGCUACCGUCUGCCUCGACGGCUACCUGAGCAAGGACUUCACCUACGAUGACGAGUCGUGCUACCGGAGGGCAGCCGUGCAGCAUCUUGCGCUGUUCGUGCCGUGGAGUCCUUCCUGGGCGAAGGAACAGCUGCUUCGACGAUCCGCCGAAGACGCAAAACGCGACGCCAAGCAAUGGGCAGCCUCGUCCGGCGAUGGCGACCCGACGGUCGCACACGUCGAGGAGGGUGGAGCAGGCGAGGCGGGCGCGGAGUCUGCAGCGACAUAUCAGCCCAACAGCAUCGGAGACGCAACGCGGCUCAUCGACGUCCAGCUCUGUCGGUUUCAGCAAUCGGCGCUGCGCUCGACGGCCGAGCUCGAGGCCACGGCGCUGAUCGAACGAGGAGAGGCGGUUAAGCAUGCCAGGGCGGGUAUUUUCCGGGGCCGCACUACCGCCGCAGGAUCAGGUCAAGGCUAUCAAGUCGCAGCAGCGAUCGCCGCGCAGCGUGCGAAGGGUGAUGACCGGUUUCGGGAGGACGAGGUCGAAAUGACGAUGGCCGACUCCGACGAGACCGCUAUCGACGCAGGGGCGGGAAUGGACGUUCAGUUUGGCCCAUCAACCUCCUUCCUCGCGGCGGGCAAGGUGUUGGCAACACGGCUGACGCUGAACAAGAGGCAGUCCAUCGCUUUUCUGAUAAUAUGCCGCCAGCUCGAUUUGAUGCAGCAGACCGACGGGGCGAUGCCUGCCAGCUGCGCCAGUUCGUCGGCGGAGCGGUUCAUCCACGGCCAGUCUCGAAUGGAUUGGCAGGAGAAGGAUGUGCUCGUCAUCGACGAGGUGAGCAUGCUCGGGGCGCGGACGCUGCACGCCGUGAACGAGCGGCUUCGCCGGCUUCGCGGAUCGCGGCAAGAUUUCGGGGGGAUCCCCAUCGUCCUCUUCUGCGGAGAUUUUCAGCAGUUCCGGCCGGUCCAAGAGAGGUCGAUCGUCCUGCCUAGCGCGGCCAUCUCGUGGGACGUAGACAACUCGUUCAAGGCCGAGCAGCGUCACCAGCACGACAAAGCGCACGCACUGUGGAAGAGGUUCACGACGGUCGUCAUGCUGGACGAGCAGAUGCGCGCCGCCGGCGACCCGGAGCUGCAGAGGCUGCUGAAGCGGAUCCGUCUAGGCGUGCAGGAUCGGACGGAUCUAAACCUCCUCAACUCAAGGAAUCGGUGGAACCUGAACAUGGAGGCGAGCCUGGCGUUCCGGGUCCAGCAGCGGUCGACGAUGCGCAUUUUCAUCUCCGAGCACAAGUGGAAGGAGGAGCUGCCGACGGAGGAAGAGGCGAUCAUGAUACUCAACCAGGGCGACGAUAGCGCGAUCCCGGUGCCGGCCGUCUUCAUGUUCGUGGCCGGGAUGCCCAUCGUCGUGAACCACAACACCCACCAGGGGCUGAAGCUAGUGAACGGCGCGAGCUACUCGGCGGUGGAGGUCAUUGUCGACAAGGCGUACCCGGGGCAUCGGAUCUCGGCCGAUAUGACGAUCCACUUCGGGCCGCCGGCGGGGAUCAUUCUCGAAUCGGAGACGACGAGAUAUCUCCACUUCUGCCAGCGAAAAAGGCCGUGGCAACGCAACGACGUCAGCCGAAAGGGUUUGCCGUGCGCAGCAGCGUUCGCGUGCACGGACUACAAGGUGCAGGGCAAAACGCUGGAGCGCGUGGCCUCGAGCUGCGAGGACACGGACGACGAAGAUGGAUGGAACGGUGGUGCCCUCGCAGUGCGACCCGUACGGCCUGUGCGGGACAGAGACUUGGUGGGCAACCGGGUCCCCGAGGAGAUGACUGCCGCACAGGCCAGGCUCGAGGUACUGAGCGAGAGGACCGUUGAGGAGGCGUUGCGCUGGCUGGACGGUGAUGCUGAAGAGUCAAGGCGGCCGCGCUAG